AUUAAAGCAGCAGGCAGCAAAAAGGAAACAUGGCAGAUAAUGAUAUAGAAUUUCUUUUAACAAAAAAUAAUGAGGAAAAAAACGUUAACGAACCAUACUGGAGUAAGCUAGAAAAAGAAAUAUUAUACGAGGAAGCAAGUCAGCGGGUAGGUGUUUUGGACUCAAAGUUUAGAGGUGCCCAGUGCGGCAUAUCAGAGAAAAAUCGCGCCUGGGAAGAGAUAACAGCAAUUGUCGAUGCAAAGGGGACCACCAAGAAAAGAACAAUGAAACAAGUAAAAAAACAAUGGUCAAACAUGAAGCAACGAGCUAAAAAACUGAAUAGUCAGGGGAAGUAUCCUGUAACAGGUGGAGGUCCAAAGCCUCCGUCUCCCUCCCCAAUAGAUGAGGCUGUGCUCUCUCUCCUAUCUGGAAGACCCUCCCUGGAGGGUGUUGAGGGAGGUUUAGAAACACAAAACAUCCCAAAUUUAUACGAACCAGGACCAUCAAGCUGCAGCACAGCACAGUCCACUACUCUCCAGACAGAGACAUCUCCUAAAGAUACAUCCAGAAAAAGAAAAAUUAACAUUAAUGACAUACAUGUAGAGGUUUUAUUUGCUGAGAAAGAAAAACUCAAGUUAGAAAUGGAAUAUAUCAAACUAAAAAUGAAGAAAGUGUCAUCAGAAAUUGAGCUAAUAGAAAUGAAAAAAAAUUCUCUGAUGUCAUCAAGCUGUCUGUCUCUUUCACAGUUUACAGAACUGUGA